AUUAUGAGCUCGUGUUGUAGUGGAGAGCGAGUUCCUCUUUGAGAAUACAACAACGAACUACAACUAUUUUUUAUUUUCAAGAGCUUUAUGGGAUGGACGACUCCACCUCGUCAACGUUAUGCUACGGGUUUUUGCAGCCCGUAGAGAAAGAACGAAGAUGUUGCUGGAGGUACUACAAGGACAUCAAGAACAUUUUGAGAUCAUCAGUCGUAGAAGAAACGCGGCACCAAAGUGGUAGAUGUUGAACCAGUCGUAGAAGUAGAAUAGAGACAGCUAGAAGCCGUUUUAGUACAACAAGUCAGAGAAGUAGAGGACAUAGUUGUCCUUUUGAUUUACAGCAAGACGAGACAAGAACUUGUGAAGAAAGAAAUAAGCGUCUUUUCGUUGUUCCUUGGCAGGUGGUCAUCAAUCAUCAUCAUCAAGGGGAAAUAUCGGGCCACACAUCAGAACCACAAGCAACUACACGAAAACGGAACAACAAGCAACGCCUCAACCCAGACGGGACAACAAGUCAUAAGAAGAUGCCAUCCUCACCUGCUGCAUCGAGAGGAAGAGGUAUAGGAGGAAAAGCUGACCCUUAAGGCAAGGACAGAGAGCUGCAUCCUCAGCAUGAACAUCCUUGGCCUUUUUUUCAAGGGGAAAAAGACGUGCCCAAGAAAGAUAGUCUCGUAAGGAAGACGCGACGCGGUAGCUCUAAGACCCUCUUCUGCUCUCAACGUCUGGCGCAGAUACCUCAAAGGCUGGAGAUUCCACCUCCUCUGGCGCGAAUAAAGUAAAUCCUCACCUAGACGGGGGAGUAGCAGUCGAAGCGGUGGAAGCUGAGCUUGAAGAUGUUGUUAUUGCGGCAACAGGGGACUCGUCGACAACAAGUGUGUAUGAUGCCACUCGUUUCUUGUGCACCCAUCAUUGACUUUUCUCUUAUCUUUUGAGCAUCCUGUCAUGUUGUGUCCACUGCUACCAAUUUCGAGAAGUAUUAUAGUAUUUUGUGACACAUCUUCGAAAAUUAAUAGACGUCUAAAGACAACCCAAUCUCUCUUUAGACGCUGUUCAUUUUUGGCGGAAUAAUAUAAUUAUAAGUUCUCGUUUAAGAUUUAAUUUAAUUGAAGUUUACAGUAGUAGGUAAAUGGGCCCGGAUUGAAAAGACCCUAAAGAUCCGUAGUUAGUUUGAGCCUAUGUGCUUGUUUGCUAUUGGUCACAUUUUAGUGGCGUGAAGCAUGUAAUAUAAACCGAAACUUCUAGGGAACUUCUUGUUUUUUAAAUCCCACCAUCCACCCCCUAUGCUCCACCAGGUCGAAGCGAGGUUCUAUGGCCGAGAACUACGGUUCCGUCCUCCCUCCAUUGGCUCGGUUGUGUGUAGGAUGUAGUCUUUCCAUAUUGGGUCUGUCGACUAUCUUCAUAUCUUCGAUAUUCAGGCUUCGUGUGGUUAGCGUAGGUAACACUCGCAACAGAUUGCGUUAUCGUGCAUUACACUCUCGUCCACCUGUAUUAUUACUAAAAAAUGAAAGCAAUUUUUCUUCAGAGAGUAUUCUAUCGCUACGAUUUAAAGGAAAAUAUUACUUGCUUAGGUGUAUCUAGUGCAAAAAUUGGUAGAAAACUGAUAUUGAAAUUUGAAGUUCAGAUCUUCAAUAUCCAAAAAAAUUUGAUUUUAUCUACUUUUUUCAAAUUUAAAUUCCUGACGAUGAGAUAACUUGCCAUGAUGAAAGUUAUUGACUUCGAAGAUUUAAUUUUGAUUAGGCUAUUGUGAGCUGCUCUGAUAAGGAAAAAUCUUCGUUAUUUUAUCAGAUUCUAUAAUUUUCUAGAGAUAGGUGUGAUGACAAUGAAUAGUUCAAAGAUUUUUCAACUUUGGAAUUCUUGGAACGAAAUUUUUUUUAGGAUUUACUACAUUUUUUGAAAACGAAUAGCAUAAAUUGCUCGCUCGUAGUGGUGAUUUUUUCUUUCUGCUCGGCAAGAAUCAGAAAGCCAUCGGAAUUUUAGAGAAAUUACACCUUUUGAAAUCAUUCAUGAUGGAGUAAAAAUAUGCUAAUCUAAAUCUUCUAGUAGGUCUUUCUACUAACUCUAACACAUCAAAAGAGUACCAAGAACAAGCACCAUCAACAUAAAAGCGUCUUUCCUC